UUCCUGGGAUAGAGUUGAACGUUGUCACGUUGCACAGCGCCUGCGUUACUCGAAGCAUGGCAGAUCCAAUGAUGAUGCCAGUGAUGCAUGGUGGACAUCCAAAUUAUAGAGUGGGAAUGAAUCCCAUGCAGGCACCACCUUGUCACCAGACCAGGACUAUGCCUAUGCAUUCUGGACAUAUGAUGCAGUAUGGGUAUUCCAAUACUGAUGAAAACAUGAGAGCACGGAUGGGCAUGCCCCAGCACGUACCAGCCCAUAUGAUGUACCCUGCACAAUCUCAAUCGUAUAUGGGCAGCACACAGCAGCUAAUGGCAAGCAUGCACCUUCAGAGACUCAACACACAAUAUCAGGGACAGCCAUUAAUGGCUAAUCCUGGACUGGCACAGACCCACCAAAUGUACAGGACUGCAUCUGCCCAAUACCAACAUAUGCCCACGUUGAAUGUGACUGACACAGACCUGGUGGAUGAAGACGUUUUGACAUCUUUGGCACUUGAACUGGGUUUAGACAGAAUUGAAGAACUCCCUGAACUUUAUCUGGGUCACAAUGAAGUUGAUUUCAUCUUAGAUUUUGUAUGCAAACAACAAAGCAGCCCAGUAACCUGCUAAAUGUUCUCUAACUUGAAGACUAUAGUAUCGACAAAACUCUAUACGCUGUGCCUCGUGUUAGGCCUUGGAUAAAGUCCAUAUUGACUAUCCCUGUCAGAUUGUUGACUAGUUUAUAAUUUAUAUAUAAUGAGCUUCAGAUAUUUAGGAUAUGGUAAAGUUACUGUUCAACAUGCGGGUAGUUAAGGUCAUUCAGAGAUUUUCUUGGUUGUAAAAUGUACAGUAUGGGCUUCAGGCAGACACAAGGCUACAAAGACUUACAAAGUGUUUUAUAAAACAGUUUUCACAACCUGGAACUAUGCCUUUGCAUAAUAGAGUUCUGGUUGAUGCACCAGUAAUUCCUGUCUUAAGUAUCAUGUUGGCAAUGGUCAUGAUGAAACCUUCUUAAAAUUCAGCCUUGUCUCCGUUUUGGCAGGCUGCAUUAGUAUGCCACUGUUAAUAUGUAGAUUGUUUAAUUGGUAUAUUUUACCUGCACUAUUUACCAGCAAUAUGGCCAACUAAAAAGAAGGUGUUAGCAAGCAGUAAUUUAUCUAAACUGUGAAACCACUACAGCUCUUUCACUGUGAUUCCCAUAAAAUAUUUACAAGGGGGAAUAAGUGUACGUUACCAGCUUCUCUCCUGUAUGUGGGAUAUUAAAAUGUGCACUAUAUCUUCUAAUCAUUUUGAUGUAUAUAAGGGAUAUGCAAUAUUGCUUUAAUGUAUACAGCGUAAAAAUUUUGUAAUGCUUGUAUUUAAAAAAUAAAUCUAGUUGGCCUUAGGAACCUAAAAAUCUCUUUAUUCUACUUUAGUUAAAGGGCAAUCAACCAUUUUUUCCUUUAGACAAAAGCAAAAAAGUGUACUUUGUUGUAAAUGUUGUAAAAAUAUAGUUCUGUAUGUAUCAAAGUCAUACCAAUGAAUACUUCCCUAAAUAUGAGGCUGAGUAAAUUAUCUAAUGGUUUUGACUCGCUCUGCUAAAAAGCCUGCACCAAUUUGAAAUUGUUUAAAAUGCUACAUGCCUCAAAAAUUGGGACAGUUAUUUCAGGACUGAAUCUGCCCUGGUCACACCCAGUUACAAUCAGACAUGUAACAAUCAAACAAAAACCUUACUUUCUUGAUAACCUUUUUGGAACCACAAUUUGGGGGCACAAUUGGUACUAUUGGGAGGUCUGAUGCUAUUUCAUGAGUGUAUCAAUAAAAGUUUUCUUUAUUUUA